AUGCAAGAAUCAAUGAAAAUAUCUUCAAAUCAGAGAACACCAUCACUCGAAAAACAAGCUCAUGGAAACAGAACGAUUUCCAACCUUCUCGUGCGGUUUAAUCUCUCCUUGCAUCAGGUGACACUUAUAUGGCGUGUGACUCGCGGUUCGGUUGCUACAACUGACGCACAAUGUUACAGUCUUUUCUUUGAUGAAUCGAAUCAUGUUUUGGAAAUGCUGGCAUUAAACCAAGUCGUUGCUUGUGUCUUUGUGUUACGGGUACACGAUGAUUUCGCAACAUGGAAAGUGUGUAACUCGUUUGUAUAUGCUGAACAUGGAGGGCCAUGA